AUGGCUGAUGGCUGUAUCAGUGAAAGAUUGGCUCAAGCAAGCAUGUGGAAGAAGAUCAAAGCCUUCCUCUGCUGCGGCGAGGAAGAGCGUCCUGCUCUUAUGAUCGGUGAUCCAUAUGAGUUUAGACGCAUCAAUGUGGAGCUCGCUGGCCUGACGGAGCAGGAGCAAACCAUGAUCAACAGUCGCCCAGUUCCUGUCACGUUUCCUCUCCAUACUGACGGAAACGCAACCACCUCGACUGCUCGGCUGGACCGAGCCAGGGCUCACACCAGAGCACUCAGCAACUCGCUUAGGUCGGCCACUACCACCGCAAUGUCUGGUGACGGACAAAAGAAUUCCGGGUACUCUUCACUCGCCAAUGGCAGUACCUCGACGGUGCAGCCGCUCGGAACUGAAGAUGCCCAAGGUACCCACGAGAUGAAGGAAUUGCUUCUUCAUGGCAUCGGCGGUCAUGAGACCAGCAGCAGCUUCACCGGACAGGCAAGCACCGAUACAGCCAUCGCAGGCUGUGAGGAAGACGAAGACGCCAUCAGAAGCUUCCAACGCACAAAGUAG